UUCUGCGGUGUCCAUUACAUAGGACGGUACAGCCCGGAGCGCGCGCGGCAGAGCACAGGCGCAGCUCCCACUCGCUUCACUGACGAGAGCGACUAAAGCAGAGGGUUCAGCCAUGGUGAAAGAGACCGGUUAUUACGAGAUGCUGGGGGUGAAGUCCAGUGCAUCGUCGGAGGAAAUUAAAAAGGCAUAUAGGAAACUGGCCCUGAAAUAUCACCCCGACAAGAAUCCCAACGAAGGAGAAAAGUUCAAACUCAUAUCGCAAGCCUAUGAAGUUUUGUCAGAUUCAAAGAAGCGAGAUCUUUAUGAUCAAGGUGGUGAACAAGCCAUCAAGGAAGGAGGAAUGGGCAGUGGUGGUGGUUUUUCCUCACCCAUGGAUAUCUUCGACAUGUUCUUUGGUGGUGGUGGCAGAAUGCAGAGGGAGAAAAGAGGGAAGGAUGUUGUCCACCAGUUGACUGUAUCACUUGAAGAUGUAUACAAUGGAGCCACACGGAAAUUGGCAUUGAAGAAAAACAUAAUUUGUGACAAAUGUGAAGGCCGUGGGGGUAAGAAAGGAGCUGUGGAAAAAUGUUCAAACUGCAAAGGCAGGGGAAUUGAAAUCCAUGUCCAACAGAUUGGACCUGGAAUGGUGCAGCAGAUACAGACAAUGUGUUCACAAUGCCAUGGGCAGGGUGAACAAAUUAACCCAAAAGAUCGAUGCAAGAACUGUAAUGGACGCAAAAUUGUGAAAGAGAGAAAGAUACUGGAAGUUUACAUAGAUAAAGGUGCUAAAGAUGGGCAGAAGAUAACGUUCCAUGGGGAGGGUGAUCAGGAGCCAGGAUUGGAACCUGGUGAUGUCAUAAUUAUUCUCGAUCAAAAAGAGCACGAUGUAUUCCGAAGGCAUGUGAAUGAUUUAAUCAUGAAAAUGGAGAUCCUGCUGGUGGAAGCUUUAUGUGGUUUCAAGAGGACGCUAGAAACACUUGACAAAAGAAUACUUCUGAUUACUUCAUGUCCAGGUGAAGUUAUAAAACCUGGUGGUUUUAAAUGUGUCUUUAAUGAAGGAAUGCCAAUUCACCGAAAUCCAUUUGAAAAAGGACAGUUAAUAAUUCAGUUCUCGGUGAAAUUUCCAUUGGAUGGCUGGAUUCCACCAAACGAACUGGCUGAAUUGGAGGCCCAUCUUCCACCACGUGAAGAUGUAAUGAUAACUGAUGACAUGGAACAGGUCGAAUUAACAGAAUUUAUCUCAACAGAACAAUCUAAACGUUAUACUGGAGAGGCAUAUGAGGAAGAUGAAAGCCCCAGAGGAGGAGUUCAGUGCCAGACAUCCUAAACAGUGGCUCAAUGUCACAAAAAAUGGACUGCAAUGCAUCAAAACUAUUUUAAUAUUAAAGCAUUGGUUUGGUUAUUCAAGAUAGGCCAUUCUGCACUAUAUUUCUUGUAUGCUUGAACAGCUUUAGUGUGGAAAUAUUUUUAACGGGUAGGGAAGAAAAUGUAAUAAAGAUUUUGUUCAUGAACUAA